CAGUCUCAUUCCUUAGGUAAAUAUUGUCUCGGCAUCAUAGGAUUCCAAAUUGUAGCCUUUUUUUAUUUUACACGGAAUUAAUUCUUAAAACAGAUAUUCCAGUUACUUUUUGGACUAGUUGGUAGCAAGGAAAUGUCUCGUAAUUUUGGGCCAGGACCAGGCGCAUACAUGCUGCCUAGCCAGUUUGGCCAGGGGGCAGGCCGCGGACCUCAAUACUCUUUCGGGCGUCGGACUGAUUACAAAAAUACCGACAAAGCCGGGCCUGGACCUGGACCUGCCGCAUACAAGAUUGACAAAGUCACUCGAUACGGCAGGUCAAACGGGCUGCAGUUUUCGAUGUUGGAGAGGAAUCCUAUUAAGCCGACUAAAAUAAGAUAUGAUUGAGGUCCAGUCCACUAAGAUGUUUUGCAGACGCAGUCUGGCGGCAGCAUCGAAUCUGUACCAUUUCGACUACAAAUAAAGCUAAACAACCUGUCAACUAA